AUGACCCCCUCUUGGGCGCAGCUCGUGGAUCGCUUUUGCCGCCAAUAUUUCCAACUGGAACCAGAGCUGGAAUACCCCCCGGACCAGAUUCUACGGCUGGCCGAGGUGCAAGAUGCCAUUUACGCGAGCCUCUUUGCAGACAGUGCGGUGCGGUGCGGGCCGCCGGAGAGAUACCGGGCCAAGACACUCAAGGACCUAGUGACCCGGAUCGAGGCUGCCAUAGACGACUGGGACGAGCAUGCUGUCUCUGACCACCUCAUGUCCACUCUCGCGCUGCUCCUCGCCAACCCGCUGCCCCCCGAGGAGGCGUCGGUGCAGGAAAGGUGCCACGUCACCUACCGUCUUCCGUUGUUGGCUUGCGCAUCCCGUUGUGGCGACGGCAACGCACCCGGCAUCACCCUCCUGGAGAAGCGCGCGCUCAUAUCCGCGGCCGGGACGACGGGGCUCCGCACCUGGGAGGCGGCGCUUCACCUCGGCCAGUAUCUGUGCCUGAAUCCAGGCGUUGUCGCUGGCAAACGCGUCCUGGAACUGGGCGCGGGCACGGGCUAUCUGUCUAUUCUGUGUGCCAAGUACCUGUCGUCUGCUCACGUCAUCGCCUCGGAUGGGUCUGACGACGUCAUGAGCAACCUUGCCGACAACAUGGCCCUUAACCACGUUCAAGACACGGCGCGCGUUAGCCUCGAAAACAUCAAGUGGGGCCACGAGGACGGGCAGGUGAGCGGGGGGCCGCCUGUAGAUGUCAUACUCGGCGCCGACAUUACCUACGACCGGAGCAUGAUCCCAGCGCUGGUCGAGACCCUGAUGUAUCUCCUGGGGCUGUAUCCCGGCGUCGAGGCGUACAUAUCGGCGACACAACGCAACGAGCACACCUCUGCGGUGUUCCUGGGUGCCUGUCACGGCAACAGCCUCGACGUCGAAGAUCUGCGGUUCCCGGUGCCGCCCAGACAGCAGCAAGACGGGCCGUUCUACGCCGACCAGGUUGCCAUUCGAAUCUGCAGGGUAUCCAGGGCUUGA